AUGUUGUCACGCUUCUCUCUGUUCUCAGUGGUGACGGGAUGCACGGACGGGAUCGGGCUCAGCUACGCGAAGGAGCUGGCCCGACGCGGAAUGAAAAUCGUUUUGAUCAGCAGGAAUCCCAAGAAGCUUGAAGCUGUCGCUGUGGAUUUGAGUAAGAUUUUCAUCCACCUCAUCUUCGCUGCCUCACAUUUCACCCUAUUGUUCAACUCGCAAAUCGAGCUACGUCCCAAGCUCUUGAAUUCCCAAUCAGAGGAGCAAUUCGAUACGGAGACCCUCAUGAUUCCGGCCGACUUCACGGAGCUGGACAUCUACGAUGGGAUAAAGGAGAAAGUGGCUGGCCGGGACAUCGGUGUCCUGGUGAACAACGUGGGGAUGGCGAGCGACCCCCAGCCCUUCCUAGAUGUCCCGGAGGGCGAGAAGACGUUCCAGGACAUGCUCCUGGUCAACAAUAUGUCCAUGGUUCGAAUGACCCACAUGAUCCUUCCUGGGAUGGUGAAGAAGGGAAAGGGGGUCGUUAUCAAUGUCUCCUCUGUUGCUGGCAUCUCCCCGGUUCCUUUCAUGACAACCUACUCGGCAACAAAGGUAUUUUAA